UCCCAUCGCCAGCGACCGGCGUCUUCCGAGGCAUGCUGGACCGCGACGGCGACGAGGUCGCGCGUGCGACGACGCUAGUUCGGUACGCACCCAACUCGACGUUUCCGCCGCACACGCACGCUGCGGGCGAAGAGUUCCUCGUGCUCCAAGGGACCUUUCGCGACGACGUUGGCGUCUACCCAGCCGGCACGUAUGUCCGCAACGCCAUCGGUUCGGUGCACGCGCCGUCCAUCGGGCCCGACGGCUGUCUCAUCCUCGUCAAGCUGCGCUGGAUGGCGCCCGAGGACACUCACGCGGUCGUUGACACACUACACGAGACACCCGAGUGGACGACAACCGACGGCGGUGGCCGGUAUCUGCGCUUGUACGCGAGUCCGGCCACGUCCGAGAAGGCGUGGAUGCUGCACUUGCCGCCAGGUGUCACAUAUCAGUUUAAGGGGAACUCCGGCGGUCACGAAUUCUUCAUUGUCGACGGCAGUGUCGAGAUGACGGCUGACGCUGCGACGUCAGGCGAGUAUGGUCACUACGACUGGAUCCGUCUGCCGCCGCAAACCGCAGAAAACGUCGUCGUUGUGCGCAACCCGAGCCCAACAGCGAUGGCCCGGCUCUUUGUCAAGACAGACCACCUUGCACGAUUUCUCGAUAGUUCGACGCCGGCGUAA